GGCAUCUGGGGCCAGAGACAUGGAGGAACCGAGUGCCAAGCUGUUCUGCUGUGAGUGGGUGCGCCGCAGGGUUCCCCUGGUGUACAGAGAGGAGCUGUACCAUACCCUCAGGAUGGCAGGACCUGUGCUCUUCUCUCGAAUCCUACAAUACAUGCUUCCUUUUGUCAUUACAAUGUUCUGUGGUCGGCUGGGAAAUGAAGUGAUGGCUGCCUAUGGACUAGCUUCUGCUACCAUAAAUGUGAGCACUGCAGCCACUGGCUAUGGUCUGACACUGGGAUGUCACACUUUGGUGUCUCAGACAUUUGGUGGUAAGAACCUGCUGCGAGUGGGAGUGAUUCUUCAGCGGAGCGUCCUGAUCCUGCUGCUCUUCUGUCUGCCCUGCUGGAGUCUGCUCAUUAACGCCGAGGCCAUCCUGCUCUGCCUGGGCCAGAGGCCCGAGGUGGCCAGAAUAGCUCAGCUGUAUAUUAUAGCCUACCUGCCCGCAGUGCCGGCCACGUUUCUGCAUCAUCUUCUGUUGUCUUAUUUGCAGAACCAGAGCAUCAUACUACCUCAGGUGUACUCGGCUGCCUUGGCAAACGUAGCUAACAUAGCGACAAACUACAUCCUAGUCUCCUGGCUGGACCUGGGAGUUCAUGGAUCUGCAGCAGCCAACACCCUGUCCCAAAUAUACAUCUGUGCUUUUUUGUUUGCUUACAUUUGGUGGAAGAAGCUACAUGAAAAAACAUGGGGAGGCUGGUCUGCAGAAUCACUGCAGGAGUGGGGCUCCUACAUGAAACUGGCUAUUCCCAGCACAUUUAUGACAUGUUUCGAGUGGUGGAUUUAUGAGUUUGGGGGCUUCUUUGCAGGAAUGCUGAGUGAAAAUGACCUGGCAGCCCAACAUGCCGUGAUGAUGGUGUCGUUUAUAAACUACAUGUUCCCCCUCGGUGUGCAAGGUGCAGCCUGUGUGCGUGUGGGUAAUGCCCUGGGUGCAGGAGACACUGAAGGGGCCAUCCGGGCUGGCAAGGUAUCCAUCUUGCUUGCAGGUACCAUGGCGAUCGUUCAAGGCCUUGUGCUUGGCUCUACGAAAACAGUGAUCGGUUUCAUCUUCACCUCUGAUCAACAGAUUGCAGAUCUCGUCGCUUAUAUGAUGAAUGCAUACUGUGCCGUUCAGUGCUUUGAUGCUCUUGUGUGUGUGUGCACAGGCAUCUUUCUGGGUUCAGGCCAACAGAAGAUACCAGCUGUAGCUAAUCUGAUUGGUUAUUAUUGCAUUGGACUUCCACUGGCAAUUACUUUCAUGUUUGUGGUCAAACUGGGAUGUUUAGGUUUUUGGUUGGGCCUGCUCGUCUGUGUCUGCGUACAAUCAACCUUCAACAUCAUUGUCAUCUUCAGGCUAAACUGGAAGAGACUGACAGAGGAGGCUGUGAAACGAGCUAAGAAAAACACUCAUGUGGCCUUAAUGAAAACACCCCAAUAUGUUUCUGUUGUCUCCCAGAUGGGUGUAGAUGGCUACAUCUCUGUGAGCACAGAGAGCAAAGACGGGAACGCCGAGACACAAAGUGGAGCAGAGCCGAGGAGACGCCGUCUCUCCCCGGCGCAGCUGAUCCUGAGGCGAGGCCUCACUCUGAUUGUUUUACUUGCUCUUCUGGCUGUGGGCAUCAGCGUCCACUCCCUCGUGCCCCUGCCAGAGAGUCGCUUCUCAGAGGGCAACUUAACAGACUGGAUCAAUACGACCCAGCCUACUGAUCAAAUACAGUCCACUCCGCUGGGCUUAGAAGCAGAGUUAGGAUGA